CUUGAGGCCCGCCCUCCCAGGCCUUCAAAGCUGCUUCUCUCUCCCCAAGUGACCAGAGGCAAGCCUUCGUCCAGACCACUUCCUCUGCGGGCCUGAGGGGGCAGCCGAGCGCUCCCCACAGGCCUUCCCGAGGUCAUCCAGGCAGUGGGGAAACCGAGGCCCACUGGCCCGAGUCCACACGAGAGCCUAGCACAGACUUGCCCCGCAGGCAGCGCCGGACAGGUCAAUGCCAGCCAGACGAUGACCAGUUGUGGCCAGCGGUCCCGGAACGCGCUCGCACUCUUCUCCCUGUUGGUCCCUGCAGUCUUGUCCGCGCAUUUCCGAGUCUGUGAGCCUUACACUGACCACAAAGGCCGCUACCACUUUGGCUUCCACUGUCCCCGGCUCUCGGACAACAAGACCUUCAUUCUCUGCUGUCACCAUAACAACACGGUGUUCAAAUACUGCUGCAACGAGACGGAGUUCCAGGCAGUGAUGCAAGCGAAUCUCACCGCCAGCCCUGAGGGCUACAUGCACAACAACUACACGGCGCUGCUGGGAGUGUGGAUCUACGGGUUCUUCGUGCUCACGCUGCUGGUCCUGGACCUGCUCUAUUACUCCGCCAUGAACUACGACAUUUGCAAGGGUUACCUGACGCGGUGGGGCCUCCACGGACGCUGGAUGAAACAGGACCCUCGGCGCUGGGGGAACCCGGCUCGGGCCCCUCGGCCGGCCCCGGCCCCACAGCCUCGGCCGCCCCCAGGUGCCCUGCCACAAGCCCCCCAGGCGGUGCGCACGCUGCGGGGGGACACUCACAGCCCGCCGCUGAUGUCCUUCCAGAGUUCAUCUGCCUGAAAACCCUAUUGCCGUGCCUCAGGAUGGGGGAGGUGAGACCCAAAGCACCAGGCGCAGCCUCCAGGACCAGCCUCAACCAGGACACCGGGGAGAGCCGGGGCAGGGGUGGGAGGAGAAGGAAAUCCCCCCGUGCCCAGAACCCUCUUCCACAGGCUGCUGAGAUUAGGAGCAAACUCAGGGCUUGGGGCUGGGAUUCAGGAGGGGGCUCUGAGCCGCCUGUCCGCAAGCAAUAGUUCUCUUCUGGGCUGGUGGUUUCUGAGAGGUGACUCAGUGUGGACUCGGAUGACCAGCACAAAGAUGCCCUGGCCGAUCCCAGCCGGAAGGAUUUAGGCCCGUGGUCCAAACACUGCAGCUCCCCUGCCUCCACUCCCUCCAAUAGGCCCCUUAGGCCUUCCAGUGUCAGAAUAUUGACCGUGUGUGUAUGUGGGUGCGUGCAUGUGUGUGUGUGUGUGUGUGUGUGUGUGUGUGUCACGCGCAUGUGCGUGUGUGAUUCAGGGUGUUCUUUUUGUUUGUGUGGUUAGUUUUAACUUGAGCCCCGCAGUGGCUAUAGAUUCUCUGAUGGGCACAGGUCACCACAUGGCUGAAGCCUCCCUAGUGUCCUUGUCUGGGGCUCAGACCUUUCGCUCGGCCAGCAGCUGUGAGCCUGUGGAGGUGGCUGGCACAGGGUCCAGCCUUACUGUCUUAGAUGUGGUGGGGACUACAGGAUGCCAUACAGGAUUGGGUCUUAGGGAAUUGUUUCCGUCCUGGCAGAAGUAAGAAGGGAUGUCUCUCUGCUGUCCUGGGAAGUGGCUGUGUCCGAGCUGGGAGCAGCUCAGGUAGGAACGGUGUCUGAGGUCACACGGCACAGGAUUGCCAGGGCAGAGGGAGCCCAGAGUCCAGGCCUCAAUUUUCUGGGCCUGGUGGGCUCUGCAGCCCAGGUGCCCCUGGAAUGGUUGUGGGAGCACCUGUCCGAUGCCUCCAUGGUGGGCAAGCAUCCCCCAGGCUCUUCAUUUUCAUGGCCUGAGCCUCACCCAUAGCUUGUUUGGGUCACACACCUGCUGGGUGCCAGGUCCUCUGCCAGGCAGUGACAGGGUUGAGAAGUGAGUCAAGCCCCAG